CGUGUCCUGAGGGCACCUUCACUCCUGGAAACAUGACUGGCCUCUGGAAUGAGAAGGAAUGUCUGCCUUGCUUACCUGGUCACUACUGCAGGCACGGGCAGCUGGAGGGGAAAUGUUCUGCUGGAUAUUUCUGCCUGGCUGGGAGCUCCCAGGCUGCUCCCCAGGGCCACAGCUUCUCCUGGCGCUUCCUGGCCGGGUGUCGCUGGGGCCAGGUGUGUGCAGGGCUGUGUCCUGCAGGUUUCUACUGCCUGGAGGGAUCUGAGGUGCCCAUACCAUGUCCUGCCAACACCCUUAGAGAUCUUCCAGGGGCUGUGAGGAGGGAGGAUUGCCUGCCCUGUCCACCGGGACGCUGGUGCAAAGCAGGGGACUCAGAGGCCCAUCCGUGCCCAUCAGGACACUACUGCCCCGGGGGCAAUGGCAGUGAGCACAGCAGCCCCGUGGCACCCCAGCAGUGCCCUCCCCAGACGUUCCGUGGGCAGCCGGGGGCUCAGAGCCUGUCUGACUGCCAGCCCUGCCCUCCAGGGUACCACUGCCCCCUGCCAGGUCUGACAAGGUUUGAGGAUUAUCCAUGCCCUCCUGGGUACUGGUGCCCUGGUUCAGUAAAUCCCAAGCCUUGCAGGCCUGGCCUGUACUGUGGUGCUCUCACAGGUGAGCCCUCUGUGUGUCCUGCUGGGUACCACUGCCCCGAAGGAUCCUCCACAUACAACAGCCCUGAGCAGCUGUGUGUGUUUCCAUACUACUGCCCCCCUGGCAGUGCCCACCCAGUGCCAUGUGAGGGAGGAUCCAUGGCCCUGCCCCUGCCUGGUCUGAGGGACUCCUUGGAGAAGUUCUGCAGGGUCUGUGCUGCAGGGACCUACCGCAGUGCCCCCCUGCUCACAGCCCCCUGCCAGCCCUGCCCCGCUGGCUUCCUCUGCCCACCAGGCAGUGAGAGCUACCACCAGCAGCCUUGUCCCCGUGGCCACUACUGCCCUUCCCUGGCACCUGCCCCCCUGCCCUGUCCCCCAGGGACCCACGGGAGCAGCCACUUUGGGAAGCACAGAGGGGAUUGCCAGCCCUGUCCUGCUGGCACCUUCAACCACCUCCCUGCCCAGGCUGCCUGUUUCCCUUGUGGCAGCUCCUCUUCCUCUCAGCCUGGUGCCACCAGCUGUACCUGCCAUGGGCUGAACAGGGCUUUCCAGCAGUCAGAUGCCUCCUGUAUCUGCCAGGCAGGUUAUGUUUAUUAUGAUGAGAGAGGCAAGAAAGACCCUGACAGCAACAGCGACCAGGACUGUCGACCUCAGGUGGAUGAACUCUGUGCCCCCGGGCAGGUCCGUCUGGCAGCCACACGACGCUGCGUCGUCCCCGCGCGCCACGACUGCUCCCCUGCGUGUGGGAGGGCAGGGGGAGAGAUCCAUGCAGAGCUGGGCAUAUGUCACUGCAAGCAGUACAUCUCUGCUGAGGAGCUCUGUGACCAGCUGUGCCUGCUGAGAGCCCCACACAUCUCCCUGGCAUUUGGCACCAACAGGGAGCUGCUCCUGAGGACGGAUGAAGGAGAAGUGAGGGAAGUGGCAAAUGUCCUGGGCCCAGAUGAGCACGUGCAGAACAGCCAGAGGGUGCAUUUGGUCCUGUUCAGCCCCAGUGGAGUGCUGGGUUUCAUUGUCUCCAGCACAGAUGUUCUGGAUGCAUUUCUCAUGGGAGAUUUCCCAUCAAAUCAGCUGCUGCAGAAAGGUCAUCGAUUCCAGAGGACUUCCUCCAAAGAUCCCCAGGCCUUGCCCCUGGUUCCCAACCCUGUGGUGUGUUUGGAAGCAGGAGACACGAUCCUUUUCCAGCUCAGCAUCGAUUCCCAGGAUCGUGCAUCCAGCCAUUACCCUGUUUAUCAGAAGCAGCAUCUCUAUAACAGCAACCCCAGCUGGGAUUUUGGACCCUUCCGAAGGCUAAACCACCUCAUCCAGGAGACUCACCUCAACCUCUCCUGGUUUGCCCAUGUUUUCCUGGAGUCUGGCACAUAUGUUUUCAGGGAUAACACUGUCCAGGAGCACUUCCUGAUUGUGACUGUGAAGGAAGCCAACGUGAGCUGUGACCCCAGAGCUGUGCCCUUCCAGCCCUCCUCUCUGUUCCAGCUGGCCAGACAUGGGGUUUUGAAGCAACAGGAUCUGAACUUGGCUCCCAACUGGGCUGCUAUCACAGCCAUCCUCUUUGUUCUGGGCUCCCUCACUGUGGUGCUGACAACCCUGGCCAUAGUGUUCCAGCCUGCUGGCCCUGCCAGCAGCCCCCUGAAGGGCUGGAAGCCACGCUGGAGGAGCCUGGGUGAGCCCCACAUCCCCCCAGAGUACAUCCUCCUAAAGGACAGCCUUCAGUUUUAUCAGAUGCUUGGUCCUCGAGGCUCUGGAGGAGAUGCUGCUUCUGGAGAGAAGGGAACAGCCCCCAGUGCAGGAGAGCCCUUGGCACGGGGGGUCCUGGAGGAUUUCAGUGUCCGCACCCUCUAUGACAAGCUGGAGGAUCAGAACCUGCACGUGGCAGCUCAGCUGGCAAAGCACAGGAUGGACGUGCUGGGCUUUUACAACAGGAUCAGCCACAGGAUUCAAAGCCUUGUGGACAUGGUGCAAGCACUGGACCCUGAUGCCCUGAAAAUCUUUGCCAGGCAAAGGAUUUGUGGGCACAAACCUGCAGACAACAGCGGGGCAGCAGAGGGUGAUGAACAGGGUGAUGAACACUGUGGGAACACCUUCCAGCCAGGUUCAUCAGGUGCUCCAUGGCAGGAGGUGAGAGAGUUAAUGAAAGCUCUGGAAGUGCUGCUUGGGAAUGCUCCCUGCAGGAAUGGAGCUGUGAAGGGAGAGAUGGAGCACAAGGUCCAAGCACAGGAUACAGUGCAGGUUGUGCCCUCCCUGGGCAGCCUGGCCAGUGACAGGAAAUCAGGAGUGCAAGGGCAGGAUCAUGAGCUGCCUCAGCAGUGGGAGCUCUUCAGCAGGAAGGAUGGUUUUUUCAGCUUCCCUGGGCAUGAAGAGCGUGGUUUAGAUCUCCAGUUGCCUUACCUGACUGAGUUGGAGGUGGAGGGCCUGGUAGCAGCUUCCCCCCUUGCCAAGACCCUGUGUGAGAUCAAGCAAGCCUUGGUGAACCUGCAGGAACCUUCAGACCCUGAUAAUCCAGACAGCGACCAUCAAAGCAGUGUGAGGAGCUCAGCCCUCCUCUGAGCUGCUGGGGCUGCAAACAGGGCUGGAGCUCUGCUGCUGGGAUGGAGAGGAGCUGCCCUGCUCACAGGAUUGAAGGGACAGAAGCAUUUCAUCUCCUGCACAGUAAAAUAGCCACCAACUCACUUCCUUGAGGAACCUUAUCCCUGGCAAUGGCUGGAGGUGGACUGUGGGGCAGUGUGUGUGUGUCUGAGGACAGAGCUGCUUUACCUGAAAUAUCAGAAGAGACUGGUAUCUAAUUAAGGAUGUAUUUAGAGAAAUACAUAAUGGGUAAUCCAUAUUCUGCUUGCUUAACCUUGAAAUGCUUUCACACUGGUCUUAGAUUAUCAAUAAUUUGUGGUCUGGAGAAGGAAGCUGAGCUUCUUGAUGUCACUGAUUUUAGAGUUCUCACUGUUAAAUCAGUAAAGAAGAAAACAUAAAACCACAGGUGGCAUAAACCCCCCAGUUUAUCAGUGUAUUCUGUACAGCUUUUGUGAUAUGAAGGAUGUUUGUGACUUUUUCAAGUAUUUUAGAGCCACACUUUUAAGCCUUGCCCAGCAUCUCUCCAUGUUUUCAGUACACUCAUGCUGAUCUCAGUAAGUCCUACUGGCAGACACCCUCAGGGUCUCUACAGAUGUGAUUUUUCUGAGCAAAGAAGCCAAUUAAAUUAUUCCUGUAGUGGUGACUGCAGGGAUCUGUGCAGCUGCUGGACUCCAGUGCUGGGAGCCUGAAAUUAAACUGCAAACAUCCUCCCUCCCGUUCUGCUUCUGCUGACCUGUCUCUGUGAGAGCAGGAGAGCCUGGCUGUGAGGGGGGCAUUGUUUCUGUGCAACAGGAGCAGCAUCACCUGCUCCAUCCUCACAAUAUUCCUCAGCUCUGGGUGAAGUGCAGCAACACAAGGUUUGCUGUGAGCCAGCCCAGUCCCUUGGCAAACCCCCCAAGUGGGACUGAGCUCCCAGAGCAAAGCCUGCUCUCCUCUCACUGCAAUAUUUACUGACUUGCUUGUGUGUGGAGAGGUUUGUGAGCCUGCUCCUUCCUGGUUCCUCGACACAGACCUCUGUUUGCUCCUUCUGCCUUUGCAUAACCAGGGGGGGUGUGAAGAGAGGGACACUUGGUUGCCCAGGAGGCCAGACAGAAGCUCUCAGGUUUGCUUCCACUGCCAGAUGUGUCUGGUGGACCCAGAGGAGCUGCAAGGGGGGUUUUUUUUUUGGCCCUCAUCAACUCAUUUUGCUGGUUCCACGUUUUCUAAGCUCACUCCCACACACAAAACGUUUGUUUCAGUUCCUUUGCAACUUCACUUUGGGAGAAUUUAGGUACUUUACUGACACUUGGAAGGGACUUCCAGAAAAUACAAACAAUGCAGAGCACCUGUACGUCACUGUGGUUGCCUGUUGUGGAAUGUAGUAGUGAAAAAAAAAAAACCCUGUUGUUGCUCUCUUCACUGCUUUCUAUUUUAGGUUAUCAGCAGAUAUGCUUAUAACAGUCCUACAUGGAGGUAAGAGCCUGCAGUGCUUGCUGUCUCUGAUAUCCACAGGGAAACAUGGUACCCAGCAGGAGAUAAAGUUAUCUCUGGGAUUUGGGGUUGUAUUUGUAAAAGGCAGGGUGGAAGGCAGUAGUAAAUACAAUUUGUCACAUUUUUAU